AUGGACAGCUCAGAACUGGAGCUGUACAAGCUUCAACUAUCCCAAGUGACCACCGCACUCGAAGCCGAUCCUUCCAACCAAGACCUCACCAACCUUCGAGACGAACUUACCAACCUCAUACAGCUCACAGAGUCGCUCGUCGGAUCCACCAGCGGCACUUCACAAAAUGGACCAUCUACAACGCAGCCAAAUGCCAUCAGGAAAUCUGAUGUUGGAAAGCGAGCAGAGGAUGCAAGGGUGAGAUUCCAUUCGGGGCAGGAGGUGCUAGCAAAGUAUUCGGCAGAUGGCAAGUUCUACCCGGCAGAGAUCGUUGCGGUGUUGGAGAGGGGGAGGGUUAAGGUGAGGUAUGCAGGGUACGGAAAUGAGGAGGUGGUGCAGGAGAAGGAUGUCAAGGCUGCGUCGACGUCUGGUUCAGCACCACCACCGCCGGCGGCUGUCCCUCCAUCCACAGAGCCCGCACCACCGCCCCCACCAUCUCAUUCAACGACCUCUAAUCCCCCACCACCACCUCCCCCCUCCGCACCAGAUACGUCCUCCCAUGCACCUCCUCCGCCACUUCCCUCUUCCACCCUCGAACACCCUUCUCCUCCCCCACCACCGCCAUCGUCCGAUCCGCAACCUCCACCCCCACCACCACCUUCAUCAUCAUCCUCCGACGCAACCACCUACCAACCUCUAGAUGAACGAGCCCAACGCAAGCAUCGCAACGACAAAAAACUAGCCCGCAGAGAACACAAAUCGCUCAUGCAACAAGAGAAAACCGCCUCUUGGCAGAAAUUCGCCUCCAAAGCCACCAAGAACAAGACGCUCAAGAAAAGCAUCUUCGGCACCAGCGACGAUCCGUACGCCAAAGUCGGUGUCACAAAGAACCAGUCCACAAAAAGCUCUCAUCAGCAGUAA